AUGUCACCAUCCACGUCAGCACCUGCGACAUCAGCAGCACCGCCAUCAGCAGAAGCAGGAGCAGGAACAGGAGCAGAAGCAGAAGCAGGAACAGGAGCAGGAGCAGGAGCAAGAGCAGAAGCAGAAGCAGGAACAGGAGCAGGAGCAGGAGCAGGAGCAAGAGCAGAAGCAGAAGCAGGAGCAGGAGCAGGAGCAGGAGCAGAAGCAGAAGCAGGAACAGGAGCAGGAGCAGGAGCAGGAGCAAGAGCAGAAGCAGAAGCAGGAACAGGAGCAGGAGCAGGAGCAGGAGCAAGAGCAAAAGCAGAAGCAGGAGCAGGAGCAGGAGCAGGAGCAGAAGCAGAAGCAGGAACAGGAGCAGGAGCAGGAGCAGGAGCAGGAGCAGGAGCAGGAGCAGGAGCAGGAGCAGGAGCAGGAGCAGGAGCAGGCGCAGCAGCAGGGGAAGCGGGGGGGGCAUGGGAGAGCGUGGGUGCAGACGUGCUGCUGGCAGUGCUGCAGCGGCUGACAGCGCGUGAGUGGGCGGCGUGCUUCUGUGUGUGCUCGCACUGGCGACGCACGGCCAUGGACGCCAGUCUGUGGCAAGCAGCGUGUCACCGGGAAUUCGCCAUUCAUCAUCCAUCCAACUCCCCUCUCGCACACCUCCUCCUCGACUCACUCCCUCCCUCCCACUCUCCCGUAACCCCUUCCUCCACCUCUUGCUCCUCCGCCUCCUCAUCCUCUUCGUCUCUCCGCCCCCCUCUCCCGUCCCCCUUCCUCCGCAUCUUCCCCCGCGCCUACCUCUCCCCCCACCGCCCCUACCUCUGCCUCGCCGCCCGCCUCGCCCACGUGCUCCGUGGCGUCGCCAGUGUCCUCAUUGACUUCUGCCUGCCUCGUUCGCUCCACCACUCGCUCCUGCCCUCUCAAGCCCAUGCCAUCACUCUCCAUGCGUACCUCUCCCUCUCCACUGCUACGCCACGCCUUCUCUCUCCAUUUCUCCCCCCGGUGAUGCAGUGGGAGGGGGAGGGCCGGUUGCUGCUGCCAACCCAUGCCAUGCACACAUGCAGCCACCAUACCUCGUGCACUCACACACACACAUGCACAGGCACAUGCACACAUGCGUGCACAUGCAGCAGCACACCUGCUUGCGCAUGUGCACGCCCCACAUGUUCUGCAGCACUCCCUUUUCCACCGCAUGUGCUCAGUGACGCCUUGGCUGACAUCACCCUCUACUCCAGCCGUGGGUGUGUGUUGCUGGGGCGCGCAGCAGUGGAGGUGUGGGAGACACAGGUGGAACGGGAGGAGGAGGGGGGGGAGGAGGAUGAAGCGGAUGAUGGGCGAACGGAUGGGGAUGGGGUGAGCAGUGGGGCAGAAGGGAGCGAUGGGGGUGGCAGUGGGCGCAUGGCAUGGCUGCUGAUGUUUGUCCCAGAUGGCUCGGACGAGCCUUUCUCUGCCAAUGCACUUGUCAUUGACUGGCGGGCGGCAAGGGGGACAAGGGGAGGUGCGGGAGGAGGUGGGGCAACGAGAGGCGACGUUAAAGCACGGGCAGAGGGGGGAGGAGGAGGACGAGGGGAGGAAGGACUUGGGAUAGUGGGUGGGGAAGGUAGGGGGAGAGAUUGUGGGAAGGAGGAGGUAGGUGGUUGGCACAUUUCACUGCGGUUGACUGAAGAGGGCGUGCACAGUGUGUUUGACAGCCAUGCAUGUGUCAGUUUGACGGGCUCUUACUAG